CCUGGCCGCGAUGCCACGUGAAGUUCCAUUGGUCGCCUUUUCGCCGGUUGCACGUGUUGUGAACUGAACUGCAUUUUUGAGGUAGCGUUAAAGGCGAUAUUUAUGCAUUACUAGAGAGAUUGCGAUGGCGCACACUUUUACUUUAAAGGAGCUCGUGAAUUUGGCCAUCGGCACUCCCGAGGUGGGGGUGUGUAACUUCAACGCGCUGCAUGCACUAUUGCAUGGUAUUUUGGAACAUCUCCAACUUGGAGAUGUGCAGAAGACGGUGGAAGAAGUAGAGGUUGAGUUUAUCAAACCCAAGAGCUCUAAGGGCGAGGUUCCUGCAGAAGAAGCCCCUGCUUCAGAAGAAGGUCCACCCAAGGAGAAUGGAAGGUCUGUUUCUCUCUUCCACCAACUGGAAGAAAAAGUUGCAAAGCUCCAAAACGCGAUGGGCAUCUUGGGACAAUUGCCCAGUGUUCCAGAACUCAUGGCCCGCAGCCAAGAGGAGACGGGCGGCAGGAAAAGCUCUCUAUCCAGCGGCAGUGGAGGGCCAGUAAAGGAAAUGUGGCAACUCAUGCAAGUCAAAAAAAAGUUGGAAGCAAACGAGGAAGGAGUGCUUAAGGCAAUGGGAUCACUACAAGAAUUGAUGAAUGCAAUUAAUCUCUUGAGUAGUAACCAGGAAACAAUGAAGAAGGACCUUGAAAAAUUACAGCAAAGCAAAGCACGAAACACUGAAGAAACGACUCGCAAAUUGAGUACUUUUGAAGACCAGCUGAAUAAUCUGCCAGAUGGAAAAGAUUUUGUUUUGUGGACUACUUUGCAGACAUUAUUGAAUAAAGAUCUUGAUUAUGAUGCAAAAAUUUCUUUGCUUAGUCUUCAAUCAGAAAUGGGUGAUUUUGAAACAGAUGCAGAAGGUCGGAAGGUGCCUGGAGCAGAGCGUGGUCCAAGCUUAGGUGUCCUGCAUCAGCUGUCACAAAUGCCAAGCAAUCAUGAGGUUCUUAAAGUCAGAGUAGAUUCUCUGGAAGAGGAACUCAAGCGACAAAUGGAAGAAUUAGAAAAGAAGGGUCUUCCUGAUGAUCUGGUGAUGAAAUUGGGCUUACUGGAGAAUGGAAUACAAAUUGCCCAGAAUGAAAAUAAUCAGGAUAGAGAAUUAUUGGCAGCCCUCAAGAGGAAAUUGGAAGAAAUGGAAGAAGACUUUGAGGGCCGCCUUGGAGUACUGCAGGCUGAUCAUGAUGAACUCCAGGGUGUUCUAGAAAAGCUGGAUCAACUUGAUGAAAAGAAAGUUGAUAAAGAAUUUUUGGAAAUGGAGAUUAAUGGGAAAGCUGACAAAAAAUCAUUAGAAUCGAAAGUGAGUAGAACACUUCUCGAUGCAACAGCGCAGCAAUUGAACUCAAUGAUGCAAGAGCUGUUAAAUAAGGUUUGUGCCCAAGAGAAAGACUGGCAGAAGGUGCUGGAAAAACUUCUUUGUGACAUGGAUUGCAAGCUGGAUCGACUAGAGCUGGAUCCAUUAAAGAAACAGCUGGAAGAAAGAUGGAAACAGCUGAAAAAACAGUUGAGAAGUGGCCCAGGUUUUGAGGCUGAUUCUCCAGCUGGAUUCAGGAAGCAGUUACUUGAGCGAUUUAAGUGCCUUUCCUGUGCCAAGUCUACAAGGAUGAUGGCAGGACCGCAUCUUAUCACCAUUGCUGCUUCAGCUUUGCAUCCUAAAGCCCGUCCAACCACUGCACCCGAACUGGACUCCUUUAAGCAACCAAAGGGUCUUGGUAAUGAAUACUAUGACAAUAUGGGCAGAAGUACUAUUCGACCUUGUGGUGGCAGUCACACUGUAACUGGGCCAGUCAACAGGCGAAGUAGCCGGGGUAUGAAUUACCAAACGGUCUAUCAGUACAGUGAUUCCAGUGCAAUGUUCAGACGGGAAGAGGUAGAGCUUCAGGGGAUUGAUGGUAUCAUGUACAAGGGAAGGCUAGAUCCCAAACUUCCAACUAUAUAUCCAGUGCAAGAUGACGAACCCUUAGAGAAGAAAUCAAGUGGAGUGAAACAGCAAGUUACUCGACCAGAAACUUCUCCUGUUACUCCAAAAUGUGUUUACUGCAAUCAAAGUUGUAUGGGUCCUCGCCCUCCUGAUCCAUGUUAUCUUCAGCAGAGGGCCAUGGCGCAGGAUGCUUCAAACAUUUGUCGAUGCCAAGGAUUCGGUCGAUCCACUGAUGCAGAUCUUGCUCAGCAGAGGCCCACAGCACAAGAUAUUUCGAACAUUUGUCGAUGCCUGGCUGCAAUGUGUGCUCCACAAUCGACACAAGAAUUUGGAAAUUCAGCUACUCUAACGCAGGGCUCAGAUUCCUUGUGUCCGAAGCAUCUAGAUCAAGAAGCUUUAAGUCAAUGCCCAGAUGGGAAGAACAGUGCCAUUCCCAAUUGUGACUGGAACAAGUUGAAGCUGUCCUGUGGCAAAGCAUCAUCCUGAGGAAAAGAGAUAACAUGAAGACCUGAAACUGGUGCCAUGUGUGCGCUGUCCAGAUAUUCCAUACGUUAAAAGAUCAUUCCUGAUUUGUGAAUCAAAAUACUGCAGAUACUGAAUAUCUGAAAUAAAAUAGGAAACGUUGGAAAUAUUCGCCAGUGAAGUGGCAUCUGUGGAGAGGGAAACAGUUAACAUUUCACAUUAAUCUUUCUUCACAGUUACUGAAUGGUUGCACUCUUUCUGUUUUGUCAGGAUUAGCAGAAUGCUUUUCUGCCUGCCUCAUUCUACUUGGACGUUAUUUUCGGAGUUGCAUUAGAGUUGUUGGAGUCGUCUACCAGUAAACGUGCACAGAACAAAUUUGCUGCAUGUUUGUAACUUGUUCGUUGUUUGGGCCUUGGAAUACAGCAGAGCUAAAAAAAAAUAAGUGCUUCUUGGAUGGGAGGGAAGUCAAUCCCAGAGAAAUAUAUUUUGAUUAUUGAAUAGUUUUCUGGAGGGACACAUCUCUUUUUUUGAGAUUUUUAUAAAACACCUGUUGAUGCAUAUUUUAGCAUAUCCUUGUAGAAAACUUAUUGACUCAAUAAUAAGAAAAAUGUGACAUUGUUAUAAAGUAUAAUACUCCAAAUAGUUUUAGAAUGUAUUAUCUUUAUACCUACACAUGCAUUUUCCACAUCAAUAAAAUAAUCACAAAGCAUCUUCAAUAUAGCAAAUGUUUCAAGGUGCUUUGCUGGAGUGUUGGA